AUGGCGAAUAAGUGUUACCGGGGACUCAUUAACUCGGCUUUUUUGGCGAUUAUCAACUUUCACCUUGGAAUUAGUACAGUCUUCAAAGUGGCGUCAACAUCAGGUGGCGGUGGAUUCUGGGGUGGAUUGCUGCAACUUGCCAAAGUCCAAAACUCCCACUGUGGCAGCAUCCACUUCACCAUCAAGUAUGACUUCCAAAGCCAGACUCUGGUGGUGCAGAUCAUCGAGGCCAAGGACCUGCUGGCCAAGGACUGGACAGGCACCAGUGAUCCUUAUGUGAAGCUGUAUCUGCUGCCAGACACGAAGAAGAAACUGAAGACGAAGACCAUUAUGAAGAACCUGAACCCCACCUGGAGCGAAACACUCAAGUUCCAAGGCUACCCAUACGACAAGAUACAGAAGCGCACUCUGCACAUUAAAGUCAUGGACUACGACAAGAUGUCAUCUGAUGAUCCUAUCGGGGAAGUAAACAUCCCCCUAGGGGAGAUAGAUCUCAAUCACCAACACAACAUCUGGAGGGACCUCAACCCCAUCUCAAAGGAGAAGAUGAAGAGGGGUGAGAUCUUGUUGACUCUGGCGUACAACCCUGUCACAGGCAUCCUCAGUGCAACAGUGGUCAAGUGUAAGGACCUCAAGCCCAUGGACCUCAGUGGAUACUCAGAUCCCUACGUGAAAAUCUACCUGAUGUAUCAAGACAGGCGGGUGGAGAAGGUGAAGACUACGUGUAAGCCAGUUACUCUGAACCCCUCCUUCGAUGAAUCCUUCACCUUCAGAGUGCCCCCCUCCAAAAUGGAGGACACCCAGCUCACAGUCACAGUCAUGGAUAGGGACCAGUUCAAGUGGAACGAAAAAAUAGGAGCGGUCAUUUUGGGCAAAAAGUCUGGUCAAAAUGAGAUGGACCACUGGCGAGAGAUGCUCUCCAAACGUCGUCAACCAAUCACGAAGUGGCACUAUCUCAAAUCUGAUUCGUCAGACGUAUAGCCAAGCAAAUUAUCUCAUAUUGCCCAAAAUUUGAAAUCCUUGAAAUUGGAACCAAAGCAAUUGUAUCAUGUCAAUUCAUAGGAGCCUAAUUGACAGUUCAGUCAACGACCAACAGGCGUAUAUAUAAUUUUAAUAAUCGAGAAUUAGCUUUCAUAUGAUCGAUUUAUGUUUGCCGAUAGAAUUCAGUUUGUAACGUAGUUGUAUUGGAAAAUUUCGAUUUGGGUCAAAGUUCUGCGAAGGGAAAGUUGUUGCAAAUAUUAUUAUAAA